AUGGCUACGAGGAAGCACGUUCUCGUGAUGAGCUACCCGGCAUUCGGUCACUACAUCCCCAUGUUGUCCGUGGCCGAACGCAUCAUUCCUCACCACGAUGUAACGUUCGUCGUCUCCGCGUCCAAAGCCAACGACAUCCGCAAACGCGGUCUCCUGCCACCGGCACCUAUCCGUUUCCACACCUUCGACGAUGAACUCACCAUCAACCUGGACGAAAACUUCAGCCAGCUGCGCACUCUGAUGGACAUCAUGUACGAUCAAGCGCCGCGUUACGCUCGUUUCAUCGGCAGCCUGAACCGAGCGGGAUCACCAUUACCUCAUGUGGAUGCGGUGUUUUGUGACAUUUUCAAUCAUGCGCCGUGCCAACCGUGCCGCGACAAUGGAAUUCCGUUGUAUAUUGUCAGCGUCCUUCCGGCCAUGCUCAUUGCUGGAGGAACGCGUGUCACGAAGGACACACCCACUGUGUCCGACGACACGUUUUUUAGCAGUGCAGCGGCCGGUGAGGAGAAAGAUAUGACGAACCCACCGAUGCAGGAGAGUAGCAAGAUCAUUAAUCUGGAUGGGAUCGAAGCGAUCAAAUGCUGUAAAGCGAUUCUAUUUAAUUCCUUCGAAGACCUGGAACCCGGAGCCAUACAGACGCUUCAUGACAUCCCGUGUAUGAAAG